CAGGAAAGCAGACUUUGCAAUACCACUCCGUGGUUGCCUUACGACACACUUCUCACACCCUCGUUAACGCGAGCCUGAUCCACCGCCGGAAAGACACACAGACACACAGACGCACAGACACACACACACACACAGAUGAACACUCUGCAUUUCCCCCUUAGAGAUGACAGGCCAGGCUGGCACUGAAGAAGUCUUCCGUGGCUGAGACCGCAGUCCUUGUAGUCGACACUACACUGCCCUCCACUGCGCCACCUGAAGCCCUCGCUCAGCGCUUGGGAAAUAAAUCCUCACUGCCAGCUCUCCCCUUGCACCGCCCAGGUCCCCCGGGGAAGCGGUUCUGACUAAGCGUCCAAAGAAGCCGCCCUGAGUCAUCGGACCGCACCGCACGGCCCCGCCUCCGCGGGGCGGGCCGCCGCCAGGCCGACAGCCCCGCCCCUUCUACUUCCUGACCUGCCCCCCAACUUCCGGCGACUAAUCUGACCCUUUAACGCCCGGCCGGAAGUUUCAGGCAGCUUCCGGGAGGCUCUUUAAAUCUAGCGCGUACGCCGGCGGGGGUGCGGCAAGCUCUCGCGUGUUUCCGAGGCCCCACCGUAUCGCGAGACUUGUUCUGUUCGGACCUUCCGGCCUGGAAGGGCUUAAUGGGCUCGACCUCGCUAUGCGGGUUCGGCUCUUGUGGGAGGCGACGCGGUGCCUCUGGUCCCGUGGAGCUCCGGUCCAGGCCCGCCGGUCCCUGAGCUGCGGAAGCCGACCGCUGGAGGAGCUGUUCGCCUGCGGCGGACCCCUGCGGACCUUCCUCGAGCGCCACGCAAAGUCUGAAGUCCAUUUGCAGGCCAGGGGGCCCGAGCUGGCAGUGGUGGCCAAACGGCUGAGAGAGAAGGAGCAGGAGCUGCGGGAGACCGAGCACUUGCUGCACGAAGAAACAGAUGAAAAUGACUUGAUCCUGGAAGUGACCGCAGGAGUUGGGGGUCAGGAGGCGAUGCUGUUUACUUUGGAAAUGUUUGAGAUGUAUCAGCAAUAUGCUGCAUUUAAAAGGUGGCAUUUUGAACCUCUGGAAUAUUUGCCAAGUGAAAUAGGUGGCCUGAGACGUGCAUCUGCCAGCAUUGGGGGUACAGAAGCCUAUAAGCACAUGAAAUUUGAAGGAGGCGUGCACAGAGUACAGAGAGUGCCAAAGACAGAGAGGCAGGGCCGCAUCCACACGAGCACCAUGACUGUGGCGAUUCUACCCCAGCCUACCGAGAUUAGCCUGGUGAUUAAUCCUAAAGAUCUGAGAAUUGAUACUAAGCGAGCCACUGGAGCUGGGGGCCAACAUGUAAACACCACAGACAGCGCAGUCCGGAUCGUUCACCUUCCGACAGGUGUUGUUUCUGAAUGCCAACAAGAAAGAUCUCAACUGAAAAAUAGAGAGAUGGCUAUGAAAAAGUUACGUGCAAAACUGUACAGCAUGCAUCUAGAAGCAGCAGCAAGUAAAAGAUACAAUGCUAGGAAGAUUCAGAUUGGAACUAAAGGAAGGUCAGAGAAAAUCAGGACAUACAAUUUUCCACAGAACCGGGUUACAGAUCACAGAAUAAACAAGUCCCUGCAUGAUCUUGAAGCUUUUAUGCAAGGAGAGUAUCUACUGGAUGAACUGGUACAGUCACUGAAGGAAUAUGCUGAUUAUGAAUCCUUAGUAGAAGUUAUUUCCAGAAAGGUUUAAAUCGAUUUGUUAAAGCUUUUUAGAGCUUAUGAAAAGGCUACUACAGCAAGUCACACUGUGUGUAAGUACUCACCAGUAUUCUCUUGAAAAACAUGGGUUAACACAGUUGAGAGUAAUACGCAUAUUCUUACGACUGAUAACUUAUGUAAAUCUCUUAAUGCAUUAGUAAAAAACAUACAAUAUAAUCAUGACUGUGGUUGUAAAUUCAUGUAAUCUCAGAAGUAGACAAAAGAAAACAGUCCUUUGUUUUAUGAAAAAUAUUUAAUGGAUGAUUAAAUAUUUGGUUUAUUGUAACUUUCUAUCAUAGAAAACUUCAAACAUAAGAGAAUAUAGGCAUAUGACAAUAAAUAUUGUUUUAGUCAGGGUCCAGUGAGGAAACAGGCCACACCGGUAGUUUGAACAAGGAGUCCCUAGGUGGUGCAAACAGCGCAUUCAGCUCCUAAAUGAAAGAUUGGAUGUUUGAGUUCCCCCAGAGGUGCCUCUGAAGAAAGGCCUGACAAUCUAAUUCCAAGAAAAACAAACAAAAAAAUGGGCACUGAAAACCUUGUGGAGCACAGUUCUACCCUCACACACAUAGGGAUGUCAUGAGUCAGAGUUGACUAAAUGGCAAUUGGUUUACUAGUUACUCUGAACACAGAGAGAGUAAUGGACAAAUUCUGGUCUGUGAACUGACACUGGCACCUACUUUACUCACCAAUCUAGUUAUUCUUAGGUGACCAAGUGUAAUUUUUGACACCUAGAAAAAGGUAAGGGUACAAUACCAUAAUUUCUGGCAUGGAGCCUACUGGAACCUGAAGUCUUAACAUUUUAAGGGCCUUGGAAUUUUGUAGAUGUUUAUACAAGCAAGCCAUCUCCAUAGCUCUCAUUUACAAACCAGGCAUUGUCACUCCUACCUACCUUUUGCUGUCCCCUCUACCUAGAAAACGCAGUUUUUAUACCUAUCCAGAUAGAUUGCGAGGUCCAACCUAAAGGGGACCUGGGCAGAAUUCACUGCUCCUUCAUUUGUAUUCCCAUAGUACUUUAUCACACCUUAUGACCACAUUUAUCCCUAGAUCGUAAACUUAUUGGUUUACUCCUGUCUAAAGAUUGUGUACUCAAUAAGUGAAUGGGGAAGAGAGUGGGCCAGGGACUAAAAUGAACAAAUACUGAUACACUUCUCACAUUGUUUCAUUAGUGGAAGAGACUGUUCGUAAUUCUUGUCUCUUAAGGACUUAACAUGCUAUACAGUAGGCACUGAAUAGAUGUCUAAAGGGCUAUUAUAAAGUAUUUGUCUACAAAUCUGGUGCAUUGUUCAGAAAGAGCAAUAUUGAACUGAAUUUCAAAAGGGUAUACAGCACCAAAGUUAAUCAAAAUUUACUCAGCCAGAAUGGUGAUUUUGAAGAUGUAUAAAUAAUCACUAUUUAAAGUGAGACGUGUCAUACUCCUCUACAACCUGUUUCUCAUCAUGUGAUUUCAGUUUUUUAACGGCACUACCAUUCUCUCCAAUUUAACAUGUAGUCAUCUGUCAUUUCUGAUUUCCUCAUCCUCACAUUCAGUUCACUGGAAUUCCUACUUUCCUACUGCAGGCACUAACCCUCUCCAAUUCCACUGCUGCUACUCAUGUCGAGAAUUACUGCUGCCCUGUACUGCUUGUGUAGUCCCGACUUCCCCUGCGUUCUCUCACUCUCUGCUCUCUACUUCAGGCUACAUAUAAAUAACUGCCACAUUAAAUCUUCCUAAAAAACAAGGCUCUGAUCUUAUCCCUCCUUCACUCAACAACUUAUUAGGUCGCCUCCCAAAUAAAGCCCCGGCUCCUAAUUGUGCAUUCAACACACCCAUGAUCUGUAUCCAGCGUAAUUUCUUAUUAGCCCAUUUCACACGCCACCCCCUUUAUACCAUACCAU